UAUACCACAUUUUCUAUAUAUCUUCGUGUAACAGAAAAUAAGAUAAACAGAAUCCGUAACAGAGAUUUUCGUUGUUUAAACCCUUGAGGCUUAUCCAAAAAUGAUUAGGCUAUAUAAACCAAAUAAUAGCUCUUCAUUUGAAAGUAACAAGUGAUCAUUUAUUUCAGUAAAAAUGGUGGACGGUGGAAUUAUGAAAGCAGACAAAACGGAGUUCAGAGAACUGGUAAAGAUGGCAUGGGGCAAUCCUUAUGUUAUGAGACUUGCACUAUCUGCAGGAAUUGGAGGCUUUCUGUUUGGUUAUGAUACAGGAGUCAUUUCUGGUGCUUUGCUCUACAUCAAAGAAGAUUUCCAUUCUGUCAAAACUACGACAUGGUUACAGGAGACUAUAGUGAGUAUGGCAGUUGGGGGAGCAAUAAUUGGAGCAGCAAUAGGAGGAUAUAUAAAUGAUAAAUUUGGGAGGAAAAAGUCAAUAUUAUCAGCAGAUGUAGUGUUCUUUGUGGGAGCAUUAAUCCAAGCAAUAGCUCCAAGUCCUUGGGUGAUAAUAGUAGGCAGAUUUUUUGUUGGGUUAGGAGUUGGAAUGGCUUCAAUGACUUCACCUCUUUACAUAUCUGAAUCAUCACCUGCCAAAGUACGGGGUGCUCUUGUUAGUACUAAUGGUUUGCUCAUUACCAGCGGUCAAUUCUUGUCAUAUUUAGUCAACCUUGCUUUCACUCAGGCCAAAGGAACAUGGCGAUGGAUGCUUGGUGUAGCUUGCCUACCCGCUCUUAUUCAGUUCGUCUUGAUGUUAUCUCUUCCCGAGUCUCCUAGAUUCCUCUACAGACAGAACAAAAUAGAUGAAGCAAGGGUAAUUUUGAAGAAAAUUUACCCGUCUGACGAAGUUGAAAAAGAAAUGAACGCGUUAGCUGAAUCAAUUGAAUCCGAAAAAGCCGAUGAAUCUGAGAUUGGCGACAAUUUAAUAGCUAAACUAAAGGGUGCAUUUAGAAACGAUGUAGUACGCAGGGGACUCUACGCAGGCGUUACAGUUCAAGUUGCUCAACAAUUUGUGGGUAUCAACACAGUGAUGUACUACGCUCCUACCAUAGUACAAUUCGCUGGGUUUGCUUCGAAAUCUACGGCUUUGGCGCUGUCCCUCGUCACUUCUGGCCUCAACGCGGUAUGCACUCUCAUCAGUAUGGCACUGGUUGACAGAUUAGGGAGGAGAAGGCUAAUGAUAGUUUCAAUGAUGGGAAUUAUUUUCUUUCUUGUCUCGUUAUCGGUUGUGUUUAUGGAAGCUUCUGCUGAUGCUCCCAAGAUCAGUUCAUUUGAGUCUGCACAUUUUGGUGCAAACUCUACAUGUCCAGCAUAUGCUACUGCUCUUCAUCCUUCAAAUUGGAACUGCAUGUCUUGUCUCAAAGCUAAAUGUGGAUUCUGUUCCAAUCCUUCCAGCAAGUUCCUUCCAGGAUCUUGCCUGAUUAAUGAGGAAAACUCAAACAUGAAAAGCUCAUGCAAGGCGGAGAAUGGUGUGUUUUUCGAGAGUGGUUGCCCUAGUCGAUUCGGAAUUCUGGCAGUGAUCUUGUUAGCAGCAUAUAUAAUAGUAUAUGCACCUGGAAUGGGCACUGUGCCAUGGAUCGUCAACUCGGAGAUAUACCCAUUAAAGUACAGAGGUGUUGGAGGUGGAAUUGCUGCAGUUUCCAAUUGGAGUUGUAAUCUGUUAGUGAGUGAGACUUUCUUAACUCUCACUCAACAUCUUGGUGCGGGUGGCACCUUUCUCUUAUUCGCCGCUAUUUCCUGUGUUUCUCUUUAUUUCAUCUACCGGUUCGUUCCUGAAACCAGAGGUCUUCAAUUUGAGCAAGUUGAGAAAAUUUUGGAGCAAAGUUACAAGCCAACCUGCUUCUUCAGUGGCGGCGAUGAUGAUCAUCACAACACUUCAUCAAAGGGUACUGUUUGAACUAAAUUCAAAAAUGUGUCCUAUUUUUGUAAAUAGCUAGUAUGAUAAAUAUGUGCAACUUCAGUCAUAUUAUUUACCAAUGACUGAUAUGGAUGCAUUUUAAUUAAAAAAAUCUUUAAAAAAACUUUUUUUCCUCUCCCCUCUCUCUCAAAUAGAAAACCCUAGCCGUCAAGCGUUUCUCCUUUAUUUUUCGCUUCGGCUGCCGUCAAUGGUUUAUUUUUGCCGUUGGCGGUAGCCAUUUCUUUUUUUAUUGCUUUAGAAUUAAAUAAAUGACCGACUCCUUUUCAUCUUUUUUAUUUUGGUUGGUAAAUCUAUCGACGAGGCGCAUCAAUUUCAAUAGAUAUACAAAUAAAAAAUCAGAGAUGGAUCAAGCCCUUUCAAGAUUGAAGAUGAAAUCGUUAUAAGUUAUAUUAGUUUUUUUUUAUAACUAUUUUACAGUGAUUGUCUUUUUUUUUGAAAGUUUUGCUGUUCUUUCUAUAUGAAAGAUUUGUUGUUUUUUAUGAAGAGUUUGUGAGUCUUCUGUUAGACAGAAAAGGAUUGGAUCUUAUUGUGUUAGAGCGGUUAUGUAAUUUUGAUUAUAUUUU